UCUGAGCAGGUCACAAAAAAAGUCUAAGAAAAUGGCCAUCGCUAACAAGAACAUCAUCUUCGUCGCUGGACUCGGUGGCAUUGGAUUCGACACCAGUCGCGAGAUUGUCAAGAGCGGACCAAAGAACCUGGUAAUCCUUGACCGCAUUGAGAACCCAGCUGCCAUUGCCGAGCUGAAGGCACUCAACCCCAAGGUGACCGUCACCUUCUAUCCCUAUGAUGUGACUGUCCCGGUUGCAGAGACCACAAAGCUUUUGAAGACAAUCUUCGACAAGCUGAAGACAGUCGACCUGCUCAUCAAUGGAGCUGGCAUCCUGGACGACUACCAGAUCGAGCGUACCAUCGCAGUGAACUUCACAGGCACAGUGAACACCACCACGGCCAUCAUGUCCUUCUGGGACAAGCGUAAGGGCGGCCCAGGCGGUGUCAUUGCGAACAUCUGCUCGGUGACUGGCUUCAAUGCCAUCUACCAGGUGCCCGUGUACUCCGCAUCCAAGGCAGCUGCUCUCAGCUUCACCAAUUCCCUGGCCAAACUGGCGCCCAUUACCGGCGUGACUGCCUACUCCAUCAACCCUGGCAUCACGAAGACACCUCUGGUCCACAAAUUAAACUCAUGGCUGGAUGUGGAGCCUCGUGUGGCCGAGUUGCUGCUGGAGCAUCCCACGCAGACAAGUUUGGAGUGUGCCCAGAACUUUGUCAAGGCUAUUGAAGCCAACCAGAAUGGCGCCAUCUGGAAACUGGACUUGGGUACUCUGGAAGCCAUUGAAUGGACCAAGCACUGGGAUUCGCAUAUCUAAAUUAUUCAACUCGCGAGAGCCAGGAGCCUAUGGAUUCACGUAAUCAAUUAAGGUCUAAAAUAAUUCCCAGAUAAGGCUGAAAAUAUAUCAUUCUAAUGUAAUAUA